CAUUAAGCAAAGGUUUUUUGCUUCCAGAAGAACUUGAUGAUAAAGAGACGUGCUUCAAUUUUCAAAAAGAAGGAAAAAAAAAGGUUUUGAGUGCCACCUAGAAUUGCAAUGAUGAAAAUGUAAAUAAUGUCAUUACUUGUGACUUGAAAUUGUGGAAGUUGUCUAUGAAUGUAAAAACAUCAAUUCAUUCAGUUAUAUUCGGGCAUACAAAUGUCUCAAAUAUUGGAGAUAGAUGACUUAUAUUUGGAUUUCAGACUUACAUUUAUGAGAUGACCCACUCAAAAUAGCUUUUGGAAUUGCAGUUCUCAUGCUAGCUCCUUCACGCCUACCAUCAUUUCACACUUGUGUUGGUGCUAAUGAGGAGAGAUUAACUCCAAAAUGGUAUAAGGAACAUGGAAUUGAACUGGUCCUUGGUACUCGAGUCAAAUCUGCUGAUGUGAGGCGGAAGACGCUACUAACAGCAACUGGAGAAACAAUAAGUUACAAGAUUCUCAUCAUUGCAACAGGUGCUCGGGCAUUGCAGCUUGAAGAAUUUGGAGUGACUGGAUCAGAUGCUGAAAAUGUGUGUUAUUUACGUGACUUGGCUGAUGCCACCAGGCUUGUUGAUGUCAUGAAAUCUUGUACUGGUGGGAAUGCUGUUGUGAUUGGCGGUGGGUACAUAGGCAUGGAGUGUGCUGCAUCUUUGGUGAUAAAUAAAAUAAAUGUUACAAUGGUCUUCCCAGAAGCACAUUGCAUGGCCCGUUUAUUCACACCAAAGAUUGCGAGUUAUUAUGAAGAUUAUUACAAGUCUAAAGGAGUAAAGUUCAUUAAAGGAACAGCCUUGUCAUCAUUUGAUAUCGACGACUCUGGAAAGGUCACAGCAGUUACUCUCAGGGAUGGGAAUCGGCUCCCUGCAGACAUGGUUGUGGUGGGAAUCGGAAUCCGCCCAAAUACAGGCCUGUUUGAGGGCCAACUAACUUUGGAAAAGGGUGGGAUCAAAGUGAAUGGAUGGAUGCAGUCAAGUAAUAGCUCAGUCUAUGCUGUUGGAGAUGUUGCAGCAUUUCCUGUCAAACUCUUUGGAGAAACCCGCAGACUUGAGCAUGUUGACUCAGCCCGAAAGUCAGCAAGACAUGCUGUUACUGCAAUAAUGGAACCAGCCAAGACAAGUGAAUUCGACUACCUACCAUUCUUCUACUCCAGGGUCUUCACGCUGUCUUGGCAGUUCUAUGGGGACUCUGUAGGGGAAGUGGUUCAUUAUGGGGAUUUCUCUGGAAGCACUUUUGGUGCUUACUGGGUGAGUAAAGGCCAACUUGUUGGGUCUUUCCUUGAAGGUGGAACGAAAGAGGAGUAUGAGGCCAUAGCCAAGGCUACCAAGCUGAAGCCAGAUGUUGAAGACUUAGCUGAGCUGGAAAGACAAGGUCUGGGUUUUGCAUUGGCAGUCAGUCGGAAACCACCACCAUCACAGCCUCCUGAGGUGAGCAGCUCUGGCCUUAAUCUUCAAAAACCAAUGUAUGCUUGGCAUGCAACAGCAGGGGUGAUUGUGGCUGCCUCCGUAGCUGUAUUUGCAUAUUGGUACGGAAGGAGACGCCGAAGAUGGUAAAGAAACUAGUCAUCUUAUUUCCAGUUACUGCUGUUGCUGAUUCAGUGAUGUAAUACUCAUGUUGUAGCAUUUACAGGGAUAGAGAAUUUCGAGUCUUCGACACACUUGCUAUUAUGAUCAUUUCUAUUCAAGUGAAAGAAUGGCCCAAAAUAUUAUUCAUUACUACAUUAACAUUUUCCCUUCAUUAUAUUUCA